UCGUAGUAAGGAAGAUAGAUAUUGCUUCAUCGAUGAUCAAGUAUCGGAUGAACUUCCUGAAUGAGAUACUUGCUCGACCAUAUCGCAUCAAGCAAGCAUAUAAGAUGAGUUUGGCUAAGUUGGUAACGUUGUAUCAUUCGGCUGGUUUGUUCACACGAAAGAAGUCGAGAACAAGCCUAAAGUUGAAGAUUGCAAAGGUUAUCAGAGAGAAGUAUGGAGAAGACAUCCGAAAACAUCCCUUGGUAAAGAUUCCGUUCUCGCCGAAUGUAAAAACGGGCAAGGUUCGGGAGCUAGCGGUGAUGAGUGUUGGGAGGGUGAUUCCUGAUGCAUCUAUGCGCCGAUACAUAUGUGGGAGGGUGAGGGUAGUUCUCAUGAAACGGAAGACAGUGGGGGAUGUCAUAUGGAUGAAGCACGAUGCUGCGGGAUGCACAUGUGUAGGGUUGGAUUUACCAAGGGUACAAGGACAUGUGAAGGCACGAAUUGAUGAUAUCAACUAUGCAUCGGGAUUCCUACACAACUCACGGAACAUCACCAAGGGUCGGGAGAGGAUCCAAAAUAUCGUCAAAGGAAUCAAGGAAGCUGCUGGACCUUGGGCCAAAGGUAAGGAGGUUAUCAUGAAGGAAGACGAUAUACAUGCAUGUUGGGAGAAGAAGAGUGACAAUCAGGUGGGAAUGACGGAGGAUCAAGUGAGGACAUGGUUUGAGCCGUUCGUAGGAUUAGUUGCAAUACCUGUGGAUAGGAAUCCCGGUGCCACUGUGGUCGUAUGUCCAGUUUUGUAUCUUCAUGCUCAGUAUAUGACGUUUCGUUGGAACGGUGGAUAUGUGUGGGUGAAGAAACAUGAAUCGGAGGUUUUGUAUGAAGCAAGGAAAGAUUACACAUUUAGCGAUCUAAAAAGGGCUGCUGAAUGGGGAAAGCAUGGGAGGAUUGGGUCGGCAUAUGUGAUACCGAAAGACAAGGACAUGGAGCGAUGGAGACCGAUCGCUCCAGCGACCUCCGAUCCCGCACGACUGGCCAGUGCUGGAUUGGGUAGAGUCGUGAGGUAUAUGCUUAUGUGCUUAAAAAGGAACUGUCACUUUGAUCUUCCAGCAACCAAUGAACUAUGUCAGACCCUUCGAAGACAUCAAAAGAGUCUAGGUAGAAAGAAUGACGUAGUAUUAGCUCGUAGUUAUGAUGUGAAGGACAUGUUCACAAAAUUAUCCCAUACGAGUGUAAUAGAAGCAGUUGAGUGGAUUUUGAAAUUGAAUGAGGAUUAUGAGGAUAAGGGGAUGCGGGCUGUUAGGGAGGAGGAGGAGGAGGAGGAGGAGGACGAGGAGGACGAGGAGGAGGAGGAGGAGGAGAAGGCGGAGGAAGAUGGCGGGGAGGAGGGGGAGGAUGUCGACGAGGAGGAAGAUUCGGAGGAGGAGGAGGAGGUCGGGGAGGAGAAGGACGACGAUGUCCGGGAGGAGGGGGAGGAUGUCGAGGAGGAGGAGGGGGAGGAGGAGGACGAGGAGGAGGAGAAGGAGGAGGAGGAGAAGACGGAGGAAGAUGGCGGGGAGGAGGGGGAGGAUGUCGACGAGGAGGAGGACGAGGAGGUCGGGGAGGAGAAGGACGACGAUGUCGGACGAUGUCGGGGAGGAGGGGGAGGAUGUUGAGGAGGAGGAGGAGGAGGAGGAGGAGGAGGAGGAGGAGGAGGAGGAGGUCGACGAAGGAGGAGGAGGAGGAAAAGAUUAAAAAAAAAAAUCCAAUCGAAAAAAACAGAGAAAUUUGAAUUGGAUCUUGUUUACGGUAUCAAGAUCCAAUCGAUUCGAUUUUUUUCGAUUGGAUAUUCUUUCUUCUUUGCGUCUGUUUUUUUUUCUCAUUCGUUGUCCGAUUAAAAAAAAACAACAAACACAAAAAAAUGAC